AUGCCUCGUCCGGGGAGAAACACGUACAGCGACCAGAAGCCACCUUACUCCUACAUCUCCCUCACUGCCAUGGCGAUCCAGAGCUGCCCAGAGAAAAUGCUGCCUCUCAGUGAAAUUUACAAGUUCAUCAUGGAUAGAUUCCCGUAUUACAGAGAAAACACUCAGCGGUGGCAGAACUCUCUGCGACACAACCUAUCCUUCAACGACUGUUUCAUCAAAAUCCCCCGGCGCCCAGAUCAACCAGGUAAGGGCAGUUUCUGGGCACUACACCCCAACUGCGGGGACAUGUUUGAGAAUGGAAGUUUCUUGAGACGCCGCAAAAGGUUCAAAGUGUUGCCUGCGUCUGAUCAUUUGGCCCCCAGUAAGCAGUCGGACGCUGCCCAUUACCUCCAGCAGCAAGCCAAACUGAGACUGAGCGCCCUGGCAGCCACCGGCACACACCUUCCCCAAAUGUCAACUUACAACCUCGGAGUUUCUCAGACGUCAACUUUUAAACAUCCGUUUGCCAUCGAGAACAUCAUCGCCAGAGAGUACAAGGUCCCGGGAAGUCUGGCGUUCUCCACCAUGCAGUCCAUGUCUGCCGGGUACCCGCUCCACAACCAGCUGACGACAGCCUGGCCCCACAUGUACAACACCAGCGUGAUUGACACGGCGGCGCCAAUCUCCAUGGCCAGCAGCGACUACAGUGCCUAUGGCGUGCCCAUCAAGUCCCUGUGUCACGGGGGACAGUCCUUACCGGCUAUCCCUGUGCCAAUCAAGCCCACCCCGACCUCCAUGCCCGGUUUCUCGGCGCUACCUCCGCACAUCCCCGCGUUUCUAUCAAACUCUCCACAGUCUCUGAGCCCGACGUCCCCACAGACAGCGACGAGCCAAAGCAGCCCUGCCACCCCGAGCGAGACUCUGACGAGCCCCUCCACGCUGCAGUCUGUGGCUGUGCACUGA